CCGACCAAAGACAAACCCACAUCACCCACCUCAACCUCAAACUCAAACUCCACUCCACUUUCAAAUCAAAUCUGAAAUCUUCCAUUUUCACUUCCUCACCAAUCCAUCUUCGCUCAAACACACUCGCAGGUUGUACUUUUCGUUUCAUCAACCAAAUCUCCUCAUCCUAUUGAAUUCCCAAUAUGCCAUUUCCUUUCCCCCAAAUCUCACCUUGUUCAAUACUCCCAUCCAGAUAACAAUCAAUCUUCAUAAUUAUCCACAAUUUUCUUCAUUAUCACCCAAAUCAUGAAAAAACUAAAAACAUAUUACAUGCAUUUUCGCCAAUGGAUCUACCCAAUAACCCUCGCAUCCAUCUCCUCCCUCUUUCUCCUAUUCCUAACAACCCUCCUCCUCCCCCUCUACCGCCGUUACGCCGCAGCUCCCCCCUCAGCCUUCGUCGAACACAAACUCCACCCCAUCCCAACCUCCUCCCUCCCUCCACCACCCCGACUCGCCUACCUCAUCUCCGGCUCCAAACACGACGGUUCCAUGCUCCGGCGAACUCUCCUAGCCCUCUACCACCCUAACAACCGCUAUGUUGUUCAUUUAGAUGCCGAUUCACCGCCCGAAGAGCGGGUUGAGUUGACCCAGUUUGUGAAAAACCAUCCGGUUUUUGUGAAGUUUGGGAAUGUUGUUGUGAUUAGUAAAGCGAACCUUGUGACGUAUCGUGGACCGACUAUGGUGGCGAAUACGCUCCACGCGGCUGCGGUUUUGUUGAGAGAAGGGGGGGAUUGGGAUUGGUUUAUUAAUCUUAGUGCCUCGGAUUACCCUCUUGUUACUCAAGAUGAUCUGCUUCAUACAUUCUCUUACUUACCGAGGGAUCUUAAUUUUCUUGAUCACACAAGUAAAAUCGGAUGGAAAAUGUCUCAAAGAGCAAAGCCUGUGAUAGUUGAUCCGGGGUUGUAUAUGGCGAAAAAGGCUGAUGUGUUUUGGAUUACGCAGCGGAGAAGUGUGCCUACGGCGUUUAAAUUGUUUACAGGGUCCGCAUGGAUGGUUUUAUCUCGCCCGUUUAUCGACUUCUGUAUAUGGGGUUACGACAACUUACCCCGAACCGUUCUUAUGUACUAUACAAACUUCAUCUCAUCACCCGAAGGCUAUUUUCACACAGUCGUAUGCAACGCACAUGAGUUUCAAAACACCACAGUCAACAGCGAUCUCCACUUCAUCUCAUGGGACAACCCGCCCAAACAACAUCCACACUAUCUCACAACCAACGACUUUCAGAAAAUGGUCGACAGCAACGCCCCAUUUGCCAGAAAGUUCCAUCAAGAUGACCCGGUCCUCGAUAAAAUCGACUCUGAGUUACUUUUCCGUGGCCCGGAUAUGAUCGUUCCUGGAGGAUGGUGCAUUGGAAGUAGUGUAAAUGGGUCGGACCCGUGUUCUGUAACGGGUAAUAUAACGUUACUCAGACCGACUUCAGGUUCAAAGAGGGUUGGGAAUCUAAUUAGUUCCCUAUUGUCCGGUCAGAGUUUCAGAUCGAAGCAAUGCAAAUAGGGAGGAUUUGGUAAAUAAUGAUUUGUAACUAGUUGAAGUUAUUAUAGGGGAAAAAUGUGUGGUUACAGAAGUUGAAAGUUGUAUGAAAAUUGAUAGGGAAAAUGAUUUGAUAUUGUUGCAUGCAGGGUCCAGCUGUAGAGAGUUGUUUGAUGUGGA